UUAUGUAAGACGAUUUAUCAUCAAUCCAUUUUUUCAAUUUAGAAACACGCAUGAAUAUAUUGACGUUGUUCAUAAUUUUGCCCAUUUUCUACAGCGAUUUAACAGCGAUUUGGGUAGAUGUCUUGCCAAAUACAAAAAAAUGCUUCCAAGAAGAAGUACACAAGGAUGUUCCAGUUGUAGGGGAAUAUGAAAUAGAUAAUCUUCAUGGAAACCAUGUUUCUAUCUCGGUCACUAAUACCAAAGAUCAUUCAUUUUACCAGAAAGAUGAAGGCUCAAAGGCGAAAUUUUCUUUCACCAGUGAUGAAUACGAUGUUUGCGACAUUUGUUUCCAAGUCAAAUCACAACAGACAAAUCCCCAGCUCUUUACACCUAUAUAUUUUGAGAUGAAGCACGGUGUAGACGCCAAAAAUUUUGACGAUUUGGGUGCCGCCGCUAAUUUAAAACCACUGGAGAUUGAAAUGAAGAGGUUAGAGGAUCUAUCCUAUGAGUUGGUCCGAAAUUUGGUCGAAAUGAAAAAAAGGGAGAAAGAUAUGAGAUCUAACAAUGAAUCAACUAGCAAUCGGGUGUUUUAUUUUAGCGUUUUCGGGAUGCUAUGCUUGUUCUCUUUGGCCUUCUGGCAAGUCCUUUAUCUGAGAAGAUAUUUCAAAGCCAAAAAAUUAAUAGACUAAUCAAUCAAUAGUCUCAUUUCCUUCCUCACAAAAUGCGAAAUAUAGAUAUUUUUUUAAAAAAAUUUGAACUACCAACCAUAUACACCUUCCUUUUUUAAACCCAUAUAAUACCUAAUUUAUUUUUUUAUUUAUGAUUAAUAGUUUUAAAUCACAAUCAACAUCCUAAAACAUUAAAUCAUUAUUAAAUUGGAUCGUUAUCUAAAUUGCUUUAUAUAUUUUUUCUUCUUCUAAUCAUAUUUUCAAUUAUAUUUUACUCUCAUUCGUUAUUUUAUCGAAUUUUUGUAAUUGAC